UAGACAGUCAAUCGGACAGACAAAACGAUCGGUGCGAAAAUUUAUAAACCCUCGGUAGCACUCGAUCGGUGAUCUUAUUACUCGCCGAGAGUCCACUCAGAACGGUUUGGUUGUCGGAAACCCGGCUGAAAUCCGCGACGAUCGUUAUCCAUCACUCAACACUUCCAUUCGGGUGCGCGCCUCACGAACUCAAAGAGCAAGAAACGACAAAAAAUCGGAAACAUUGCCAAUUGGGAAGCAUUUUUGCGAAUUGUUUGGUGCAUCUUCAGCGAUUCCUAGUAUGCAAGUCGGUUGUUAGAAAUUCGCUUGCCGGGGGUGCUAAUUAGAAAGAAUUGCCCUGUUGUGGCUCGGUAGGUGAAAUUCCGAAGAUUACACGAGCUAUGACACGGACGUGAACGUUUUGUAAGUGAUUGGAAUCGGCAACAUCAGUGAAAAGUGACGGCACGUGAAAGCAUUCUAUAGUCUGGCCUCGUGUUUAGCGAGAAACAGCCCAACGAUCCUCGCUAGUGAAUGGCUGCCCCCGCGCAAAUCGACCGCUAUUUCCACGGGUGAUUAGAGUGUUACGUGGAUAGAUAAUCAGAGUUAAACAACAACCGACUACCAACAGAGCAGUAUUGUUCAACGCUGGUAAACCGACAACGGAGACAAGAUCUUUCAGAACGAUUCAUACAAAACGUAGUCAUGGCGGGGGUAGUUAAUCGAUCGUUUGUCGGUGACGAUGGUCAAGUGCCGGAUAGUAAGACCACCACCAAUGGAACGGCUCCUGUGGCGUCGGACACUACAGUCGACACGACCAGUACCGGAUCCGGUGAAAGGGAAAAAUGGGACAAUGGAGUGGAGUUCCUGCUGUCCUGCAUCGCCAUGUCGGUGGGGCUUGGCAAUGUGUGGAAGUUCCCGUCGACAGCUUUCCGUAACGGUGGUGGUGCUUUUGUGAUUCCCUACAUGAUCGUGCUGCUGGUCGUGGGAAGGCCGGUCUAUUACCUGGAAAUGGUGAUGGGCCAGUUCUCCAGCCGGGGCAGCGUCAAGGUGUACGAUGUGUCGCCGGUAAUGAGAGGAAUCGGCGUCGGCCAGAUGAUUGCCAUGUCCAUUGUGAUCUCAUACUACGCGGCCACCAUUGCCGUGGCCAUCCGCUACUUUGCGGCUUCCUUUUCCGGUGAUCUUCCCUGGGCCACCUGUGACCCCUCGUGGACCGACGUGAAUUGUAUCAAUUCGAGUGACAUCAUGGCCAAAUCCAGCAUCACCAACUCGACGCUCCCGGUGAAGACUUCGGCCGAGCUGUACUACACCCGAGCGGUGACGGGCGAAGACUAUCUGGUCGGCGACGAAAUUGGACUUCCGGAGUGGAAGCUGAGCUUGUGCUUGCUGUUCAUCUGGGUUUGCAUGACCUUUAUGCUGAUCAAGGGGAUCAAGGGAUCCGGAAAGGUGUCGUACUUCUUGGCACUGUUCCCAUAUGUGGUGAUGCUUUUCUUCGCGAUCUACGCCUUCACACUGGAAGGGGCAAUGGAUGGGCUGCUGUACUUCAUCAAACCGGAUUGGAAUCAGCUGUUGAAUCCCACGGUGUGGAAGGAAGCCGUUUCGCAGUGUUUCUUUUCGCUUUCGAUUUGCUUCGGAGGUGUGAUUGCCUACUCGUCGUUUAACAACUUCUCCAACAAUAUCUACCGGGAUGCGAUGAUCAUCUCCUGGUUGGAUACUUUUACAUCGCUGCUGUCCGGUGCAAUUGUGUUUGCCAUCAUUGGCCAUUUGGGAUUCAUCACUGAUGAGACGGACUACACCAAGGUGGUUUAUCCGGGCAGUGGAUUGACCUUCAUCACCUAUCCCGAUGCCAUUGCCAAGUUUGAACAUGUACCGAAUCUGUUCGCGGUUCUGUUCUUCUUCAUGCUGUUUGUUCUGGGCAUUGGAAGUAAUACCGGAAUCAUUACCAGCGUGGUGACGGCCAUUCGGGACGAGUUCCCACAGCUGCAGAACUGGAAGGUGGUGAUAACGAUCAGUGUUAUUGGUUUCUCGACUGGAUUCCUGUUCAUUACACCGGCAAGUUCCCGGCUAAUCGACUACGUGGACUACUACGGCGUGACUUAUGUGACGCUCACCUUGGCCGUGGCCGAGUUGUUCUGCUUCUGUUGGAUGUAUGGAGUCGAUCGGAUAUGUCGGGAUAUCGAGUUCAUGCUGUCGAUCCGGACGAGCAUCCUGUGGCGCACCUGUUGGAAGUUUAUCACACCGACGGUGCUUUUGAUAAUUUUGAUCGUGACAUUCAUCAGCGGUGGAAAACCGAAAGGGUUUGCCGAUGGCUAUCAUGUCCUGGGAUGGUUCAUCUACGCCCUGGCCGUGCUCCCCCUUCCGUUGUGGGGCAUGUACGUAGUGGCCAAGCAGCCCAAGGGUAGCAUCUGGCAGAAGAUCAUGUCCGCCAGCCAACCGCUGCCCGAGUGGGGACCGGAGAAUCUCGCGCUGAAAAAGAAAUAUGACGACUACAUUGACGACAUUCAGCACGCGGGAUCCCGAAACGUCAUCCAGCGGUUUUUCACCGGCCGGGAAAGAUCUUACUCGGUGAAUGUCUGAAGGGCUAAGCCCCGGUGCACAACGAGAGAGAGUAGCGUAACAACCAGUUUUAUAGCUUAUACGAUAUUUUAUAUAAUUCGAGUGGAAUGUCCGUCCGUUGCGAUGUAUUGUACAGUAUAAGCGUUAAUUUUAAAGGAAAAAAAGACCCGAGAACGUUGUAGUUCGUAGCUCAUAACAGCUCGAGAAUCGCCAUCAUCAAGUCGAGUCAGUAUUAGUAGUUUUUAAUUGAUUGACCUGCGAGAGCCUAAACAAAAAUGUUAAUCGUCGAAGCGGAAGGUUCAUCGUCUAUUGUGCGGUAAAGUCUUUCUGCUUAAUAAUCGCGCGCAUCUACAUUAUAAAUUCGUUAGGGUCAUGCUAAGUGCGCGGAAAAUGACUAGUGCGAUUCCUCCCCCGCUCCAUGUGGUGGAAGGGACUGGGGGAUCACUUGGAAGGCCACUACCGAUACAGUGGCAGUCAUCGCGAUCAUCAUCAUCGUUUAUACAAAUUGUUGCAGCUCUAGACUUUUGCCGGUUAGAUUUGUUGCACACUAAUCAUCUCCUUCCUCGCAGCAGUUUACAAGAUAACGAGGGCUGAUGUGAGGCUAAAUGAAGCGAGACGAGAACAGAAUGACGUUAAGUGUGAUACAGUUGUGUGUUUUAAGGAAUGCAGGUUAGCUUAUUUUUUCCUCUGCUCUGUGUUAAAGUAUUGUAUACCAGCUAAGAUUUGUAGAUUAGAGUAAGUGACGUAGGAUAUUUCAAUCUAUUCCCUUUUUAUUCAAUAAAUAUGACGUCUUUAUGAGAA